GUAAGCCGGUUGCGCAAAUUUUCAGUUUUAUGUCCUUUGCACUGAAAAGGACUCAAGAAGGGUAUUUUCGUGGUGCUUGUGGCUGACUGACACACUUUCCAACAAAAAACAUUUUCUUACAAAUAAAGCUAGGAAAUAAAAUUAUUUAAGGUCUAUGAGGCAAAUAACUAAAUGAAAUAUUAGAGUGCGCAAAAUUUAAGUGGGAAGUGAAAAUUAAGCAGUUUACAUCUGUUCUUGGUCGCAUCUACUGCUCAAAACGUGUUAUUGGACAGACAACCAAAAAAUCAGGGGCUUUCGCAAUGUUCACACUAUGGUAUUCUGUACUCAGUUACAAAGAAUACAGAAAAUCCAGCAUGGUUGACGCCGCCGUUUUGGAAAAAUUGGAAUCCGGAUUCAAGAAACUCCAAGAAUCCGAUUCCAAAUCGCUCUUGAAGAAAUUCUUGACCAAAGAAAUCUUCGACAACCUAAAAACCAAGAAGACCUCUUUCGGUUCCACCCUUCUUGAUGUCAUCCAAUCCGGUUUGGAAAAUCACGACUCCGGAGUAGGCAUCUACGCUCCCGAUGCUGAAGCCUACACCGUGUUCGCUGACUUGUUCGACCCCAUCAUCGAAGACUACCACACUGGAUUCAAGAAGACUGACAAACAUCCACCAAAGAACUGGGGCGAUGUAAGCAGCUUUGGCAACGUCGAUCCAACCGGCGAAUACGUCGUCUCGACCCGUGUCCGUUGCGGCCGUUCCAUGGAGGGAUACCCAUUCAACCCGUGCUUGACUGAAGAACAAUACAAAGAGAUGGAAGCCAAGGUGUCCACGACCUUGUCCGGCUUGGAAGGCGAAUUGAAGGGCACCUUCUACCCACUGACCGGCAUGAGCAAAGACGUGCAACAGAAGUUGAUCGACGAUCACUUCUUGUUCAAGGAGGGCGAUCGCUUCUUGCAAGCCGCCAACGCUUGCCGCUUCUGGCCAUCCGGCCGCGGUAUCUACCACAACGAGAACAAAACCUUCUUGGUGUGGUGCAACGAGGAGGACCAUCUCCGUCUGAUCUCCAUGCAAAUGGGCGGCGAUCUUGGCGCCGUCUACCGUCGCUUGGUGUCCGCCGUCAACGACAUCGAGAAGCGCGUGCCGUUCUCCCACAACGACAGGCUCGGCUUCCUCACUUUCUGCCCGACCAACUUGGGAACCACCGUGCGCGCCUCCGUGCACAUCAAGGUGCCCAAGUUGGCCGCCAACAAGGCCAAGUUGGACGAGAUCGCCGGCAAGUUCAACUUGCAAGUGAGAGGCACCCGCGGCGAGCACACCGAAGCCGAGGGCGGCAUCUACGACAUCUCGAACAAGAGGCGCAUGGGGCUCACCGAGUUCGACGCCGUCAAGGAAAUGUACGACGGCAUCUCUGAACUCAUCAAGAUCGAAAAAGAAUUGUAAACCCCAACUAACUACAUUCUUAUUUAAAGAUUCUUUUAUCAUAUUUCAUUUACGUGAUUUUAACUAACUACCUACAUACUAAUUACCUAUAAGCAAUGAUAUUAUGUACGUAAGUUAUUUAUUUAAAACAUUUUGCCAAAAUCGUUUCCAGAAACGCUAAACUUUCUUUCUGGCAACGUCAGUUAGUGUAAUCAGCUUUCUAGUCGACACUAUUUUAAAAAAAACAAAUAAUUCUUUAUAAAUAAUGUCAAACAUUGGAUUACACUAUUUAUUAUUUUUUAAUGAAUAUUAUUAUAUUCCUUUUACUAUUACCAAAUAUUAUUAUUUUAUUAUUUAUAAUGUAAAAAUGUAAGUAUUAUUUAAUUGUACCGCAAAUUUAUUAUAAACAUUUAAUAAAAGACGUCCAAUGUACCCAAACC